AUGGACGAAGGAGACGACGAUGACGAAGAGAGCACACGCCCAGAGCCGUUUAGUGGACAGGGACAUGCCCUCAAGCCUGCAGGCACGAGCAGCAAAGCAUCAACAAGAGGAGGCAGCAGCAGCAGCAGCAGCAAGAAAGGCAAGAAGAAGACCACCAAGAAGAAGGCAACCCGCUGA